CUCGCUUCUUGCGUUGAUGUCGAGAAAAUGAAUACAAGGCAAAACUCCUCUUAUGUCGAUGCGUCGACGGUCUGGGAGAUCCGCCGCACUGCCAAAGCCGCCCACGCGCGCGGGCUGCUAAAUGCAACCAAAUGGGCUCUCGACCUUCUCCGAGGAAUAAAUCCCGAGUUUCGCGCACAGCCGGCAACAACUCCAGCCCCAUUCAUACCCGAAGACGAAGAACUCGAAGCAGAGAUGCUCAAUCUGGCGCGUCUUGCCAUCAACGAGAAACAGUUUCCACGGGCAAUCGUUUUGCUGGACGAUGCGAAUAGCGCGAGAGGCUUGUUUAUGAGGACAUACUGCAACUAUAUCGUCAGCGAGAAACGCGCGUUGAAAGAAUGGCACGCGUUGGACAACAAACGGCAGCAGCCUCCGAAACCAGUGAACAACCAAGUCGCGCAGCUGUACCUUACGGUGGAGAAUGCAAUCGAUCCGUGGUUGUUGUUCUUGAAAGCGUUGUUACUCUUCCGUCUUCAACGUUUUGAAGAGACAAUCGACUGUGUUUUACUUUCCCUUGAGACAAUACCGUGGAACUGGUCGUCCUGGAUGCUGCUAGUUGACUGCAUACAUGACCCUGAAUCGUUAAGCUCGCUCCUUGACCGCCUCCCAAUCCCUGUUCAACACCCUGCUGUUCAGAUGUUCAUGAUCCGCAUGAUGAAUGCCCUCAACACGUUCGCUGCCGACGACAUCCCGACAUGCAAUCGCCUGCUUAGUUCGCAAAUGUUUCCCAACUCUCUGUGGAUCAGAGCACAGUUUGCUCAGGGCCUUUAUAUCAUCCAUGACUAUGAAGCAGCCGACCAACAAUUCCACCACAUUCUCAGCGCUGAUCCAUACCGUAUCGACGACCUGGAAAUAUAUGCCGAUAUUCUUUAUGCGGUAGAAAAUAAGGAGAGAUUGUCUUCCCUUGCACAGUUUGUUCUCAUCCUUGGCAAGAACCGACCAGAAACGUGCUAUUUGUUGGGCUGUCAUUAUUCGUUACGCGCAGAACACGAAAAGUCUGCCAGGUACUUUCGACGCGCAACGGAAUUGGACCGGACGUUUUCGCCUGCCUGGACGAUGAUGGGGCUUGAGUAUAUUGAGAUGGAGAAUCCGCAGGCUGCCAUAGAGUCCUUUCGCCGCGCCGUAGAUGCGAACCCGAAGGAUUACAGAGCAUGGGCGAGUAUGGGCAAGGCCUAUGGCGCGUUGGGGAUGCCAUGGUAUGCGCUAUAUUAUACGAAGCGCGCUUUACAUCUGCGACCUCACGAAGCGGAGUCUUGGGAAGACCUUGGACACAUCUGGGAACUCGCGGGAAAACCUGAAACGGCCAUCGCCUGUCUAAAGCAGGCUCUAGAAUCUGAAGCGCCACAUCCACUUCAGAUUUAUCUCCGUCUGAUGCAGUUGCUAAUCACUGUCGAGGACUUCAACGCAGCAACAUUUUAUGCGGAGGAAGCUGUUGCCACCGGCCAGGCGCAAAAUGUCCCGGUUGAGCAGUAUGCGAAAGCGAUGAUGGCUGUGGCAGAACACCAGGCAAUGCGACCUACGGGUGACUGGGGAAAGGCUCGGGAUUACCUGGAAAAGAUAGUGGCUCGUGUGGGCGAUGAGGCAAUAAACAAGAGGGCGCUUGAAUUGUUGAGCUUGUUAAAACGAAGCGUUCGAUGA